AUGAAGAGGGGAGGAGGUUGCUGCGUGAAAAGGGUAGCUGUUUCCUUGCCCUACAGCUUCGUUUACACAACAACCCAACAGUCCGUAGAACAGAACAAUUCUCGUUUAGUUUGUGGCGAGGCAAAUAGACAACUGCCCUUGCAUGGAGGGAGAAAAGACACUCUGCAACCGCUCGUCCAAUCUCCCUUCGGUGCACAUGACAACAGCACCCAACAACACAAGCUGCGCAGCCUAACGACCGUUUCUUACGAUGCUAUCCGAUCAGGACGACGGCUGAUAUCUCUACCGGCUCGAGGACAGCAUCGAAAAGGAUGUCACUCUCUCGUGGAGACAGACAAGGCGAUCAAACGAAUAAAGAAACCCAACUUUUCUUCGCCGCCAUCAAGACUUCAUAAUUCAGAAACCAGUCAAGCAAGAUUGGGCCAGGCCUGUGGCCCUGAGCCCAUACAAAGUGUAAGUACCGGGUCGCUUAACAUGAGGCUGGUACCGAUGUCUCAUACCACUGUUGGGCCAAUCGGCGCCUCAGUGCCCAAUACUUUUGCCACUCGAAUCGGCCCGUAUCCUCUUCCAAUGCUUCCCCAC